UUCCCAUACCGAGAGUGUGGAGAGACGAGGGCCGGCGUGGGGCACCGAGUGCUCACCACUCCUACGUAACUAAAUCGAGCUGCGACAAGCCCCCGCCCACAUCGCCGCUGUAUAUGUCAGCUUGUGCUCUCGUGAGAUGCGGUUCCAGACAAUCAGGUGUGAGCAGUGUCAAUAUCGACGAUGUUAUGGUACCCUCACGGCCGACGUGGUGGGCGCUCUCGUGACAGGGCAACGCGAUCUACGAGCAUAGCUACAUCGCCAUCCGAAUCUCGCAAUCAGCAAUACCCAGUUCGCGUGCGGCACAGCUCCAGUACUCAAAACAAACUGCAUCCGCUUCAGCCAAGAAGCAAACCUAUCAAAAUGCGCUCCCUCUUCUCCAGCGCCGCACUCCUCACAGCCGCCCUCGCAGCCCCCAUCACUAGCCCUGAACCCAAUGCUGCGGCGAUCAAAGGCUACCUCCCUCUCACCGUCACCGUCUUCAACGACGUCACCGGCGCCCAUGCCGCAGCCGGCAUCGACACAUCGGGGCACUUCCGCAAAUUCUACUUCAACCUAUUCAGGGGUAGUGCAAUCGAUCGCGAGGGCAAAAUCAUCGCGACCAGCAUGCAGUUGUCGUUCCCGGCCGGUCCUCUCCCGGACGGGAACAGCUGUGGUGUGUAUGGUCCAGAUAAGACUAUCGGGUUUUUGGACGCGAGGCAUACGUACCUGGAGUUGGACGGGCAGCCGGGGAAGGCAGUCAAAACAGACGUGUCGGAGUUUAUUGUGAAGUGUGAUAUUUAUGUCGUAAUGGAGUAGUAGGAGAGCAUGAGAGGAGGAAUGGGUGAGAAUGGAGAGGGUGAUUUGAAAGCUGCAAAUGACAACAGAUAUCGACAUUAAUGGUAACAUCAUAAUCAAGUAUAGCUACGGUGC